UCUAACCGCAUGAGACUGGAUUAGGGGCCUAAAUAACUGCUAGUUAUAGGCCCGAACUGAAAUAAAGGAUUAUUGUAUAAAAUAAAGCCGAAAAUAAAUUGUUUUUUGAGCUGUGUUUACAUUUAAGUAGAGACACAGAACACAUCGAGAAUGGCAGAAGUCCUUACUGUGAAGGAAAUAGCAGAGUUCAAGGAAGCGUUUUCCCUGUAUGAUCGGGAUGGUGACGGGACGAUCACUACACGGGAACUUGGCACAGUCAUGAGGUCACUUGGUUACACCCCAUCAGAGGCUGAGCUACAGGACAUGCUCAACGAGACGGAUUCUGAAGGCGAUGGGGAAAUCGACUUCUCCGGCUUCCUCUCACUCAUGGCCAGGAUGAUCAAAGACGAUGACACGGAAUUUGAAAUACGCGAUGCCUUCAAGAUCUUCGACCGCGAAGGCAACGGAUAUGUUAGUACUUCCGACAUGCGCGCUGUGAUGAUGAAUCUCGGUGGCAAUACGAUAGUUGAUGACGAGGUUGAAGAGAUGAUACGGGAGGCAGAUGCGGACGGUGAUGGAACAAUCGAUUAUGAAGAGUUUGUAAAGAUGCUGAAUGGUGGGAAUUGAGCUGGGGCUCGAAAGAAUGUGUUGGAAGGAAGCAGUGCUUGCCCCAAAGCUC